CUGGAGACUGACAGAGAAAGAAAGAGAAAGGGAGAGCGAAGAAUUAUUCCGGGACACGGAACAAUAUAAAUAGUAUGAACAUUGUGGAUUCUGAAAUCGAGAGGACUCAGUGGUUGGGGUGGCAGUGCCGACCAUGGACAGUGCCAUCACCCUGUGGCAGUUUCUGCUGCAGCUCCUGGUGGAGCCCAAGAACAAGUAUCUGAUCUGCUGGACAUCCAGUGACGGGGAGUUCAAGCUGUUGAAAGCCGAGGAGGUGGCCAGGCUGUGGGGCGUCCGCAAAAACAAGCCCAACAUGAACUACGAUAAACUCAGCCGGGCUCUGCGAUACUACUACGACAAGAACAUCAUUAAAAAAGUCAACGGGCAGAAGUUUGUGUAUAAGUUUGUAUCCUACCCGGACAUAUUAAAUAUGGAUCCAAACGUGGUGGGCAGGACUGAGGGUGGGGGUGAGAGUGCGUCGCUGGAGAUGGGCAGAACGCAGAAGGACAAAGAGAACCACAGUCAGGAGAGGCUGGUCACGAGCUCCGUCAAGGUCUCCAGCCGCAAUGACUACAUCCGCUCGGGUCUGUACUCCUCCUUCACCCUCAACUCCCUGCAGGCCAACCCCAACAUCUUCAAGUCCGUCAAGACCGAGAGCCUGGCCGACAAACCGCCCGAGAAGAAACCGGCUCAGGAGCCCGUCACCGUCAUCAAGUUCGUGCCCAACCCGUCGCGGAAAUUUCCGCCCUCGAUCUCUCUGGUAGAGCUGCCCUCCGUGCCCCCGCCUCCAGCCUCGCCAAAGCCAAUGCCAAACGAAGAACCUUCUUCGCCCGUGUCCGCGUCCGACCUGGCCAGCUCUUGCGCCAGCACCCUGACUCUGGCCUCCAGCCCGCCCGCCAUGCCUCUCCUCUCCAGAUCCAACUCGUUCAUCUCAGCCUCGUCCCUGGAGCUGCUGCCCGAGAGCCUCCCCAUUGGCUCGGAGCUGGAGAGCAGCCCCUCUCCCCACGGCCUCGACCCCACCUCCGACUCCAGUGACUCCAGUGAGAGGCCGGAGGGGGGCAGGAGUCACAAGGCCCGGUCAAAGAAGCCCAAAGGAUUGGAGAUUACCCCAGCAUUGGUGAUUACCAACAGUGACCCCAGCCCCUUAGCCUUGUGCAGUCCUUCUCUCCCAACAUCGUCUCUCACUCCCGCCUACUUGACUCAGACCCCGAUCCUGCUCACUCCCAGCCCGUUACUGUCCAGCAUCCAUUUCUGGAGCACCCUGAGUCCUGUAGCCACCCUCAGCCCAGCGAGAAUGCCGGGAACCAACACUUUAUUUCAGUUCCCCAACAUCAACAGCCACAUGCAGCUGCCGUUGUCAAACCUGGACGGCUCCUCCACUCCCACCCCCCUGUCCCCAGACCUGCAGAGGGCUUGAGGAGAGAGCUGACUGGUCAGUGAGUAACCAGGGGUUGGGCCAACAAGGACUAAGGACUGUGGCUGGAAACCUGCCCCUGGAGGCCAAUAGCAGGAGCGACGUCAUGGAAUGUAAGAUGCCAUCGUGAAUGGUGUUGAUUGUCACCGCCUGUUGAUGUCAGUCAAUCGUGGCCGCCUGUACCACCAACACCCCAACAACGAUUGGCUCAGAUUUUUUGAUAUGAACCUGCUGUUUCCUUUCUCUUCGGACUCAACUCCCCCCAAACCCCACCUCACUGGCAUCGCCAAGUUGGAGAGGAGGCUCCAGGGGGCAAUGCAUGCGAAAGGACAGGCUUUUUUUGAGGGGGGAGGGGGAACAUUUUUAACGGGGUUCAGCGUCUCAAAUCGCAGGACUCUGUCCACUCUCGUUAUUUUUGUGGAUUUCUUUUUUACUACUUUUGACCUGCGCUGCACCGUGUGUGGGUUUGUGAAUCUGUCGUCGCAAAGAUAUCACAAGGAAUGCUUGAGGAAAGACCAGGGGAAUGGGACGAGUUGGUAGCUUCUUCAAAGAGCCCGCACAGGUACGGUGGGCCGAAUGGCCUCCUUUGCUGUAGGAAUCUAUGACUGACUCACUCAUACCGCCUUACCCAGCCUUGCCUCGCCUCGCUCAACGGGCAACGAACUCUCAGUCUCGGUGGCUUUUUGGGGAUCAAUGGAAACCACAAGAGAUGUUCAUAUCAAUCCCAGUAACUCCGGCUCCCAGAUACCUCCGGCCUAUUCCCAGGAAACUAGUUUGGGAAUAGUAUUUUUUUACACACACGGGAAAUGUGAAAAAGACAUCAAGUGAUGGAGACAAGGUGACGUCCUUCCUGUGAGAUGGGGUCACAGGUGGAAACUUUAUAGGAACCCGGGAGCAAAAAUGCUUUGGGUUAAUUUAAUUUAAGGUGGUGGUGAGGUAUGUGUGGGGGAUGGGGACGGGGGGAUUUAAAUAGGACCCUCAUCUGCUGGUUGGAGAUGUAGAAAGAGCAGCUGAUGACAGUGAGGUUGGGGGACAUGUUAUCUCAAGCGAAUGUUAUCUCUGUGGUGUUCAGGGGAGGGGGGAUUGGGUUUGAAAAGCCUUAAAAGUUUAUUGUCAUUUUUUUAUGUCCAUUCCUCAAAAGUGCCCUUCGAUGUCUCUGUUGGGUGAGCAGAUAUUGGAAGUGGAACCAAAUAGGGCUGAUUGAUUACCAAUUAACCUCCAGUUUAACUAACGAUCUUUUCUUUUGCUGAUGAGGUACCGAAGCAGUGGGCAGUGGUGAUAGGAAUCGAUGCUUUAUAUCUGCGAUUGAUCGGUCGGUUGGCGAUGCGUGGAGUUGAAUGUGUGGGAGCUGUGUGUGUUUCGGGGGGAGGGAGAGGGCAGGCAUAACUCCUCCUGGUUAUUAAAGGGAUUAUAUUUCG